AUGAAAGUUCCUUCCUUGCACCUAGAAUCCUACGCGACUGACAACCCUGGUCAAUCUGAACUAGAGCUUUUUACCAUUAUCCAGGAGUACCUCCAAUCCGCCGAUGUCAAAUCCCCGGCUGCUGUUGCUCAAAAUAUUAAUGACCUGAUUCCUACGAGGCGCACCAGUGACUCUAAUAUCAAUUAUAGCGACGACGUGGAAAGAUUUCUAUGGAGCACCUGGGGCAUUUUUACACAUGUAGCCAAGCAGGUCCCGCAUAACCACCCUUCACAGGAUCGACUGGUAGAGCUCAUCCGAUCUCUCACCUUUCUAGUGCCAAUAACGGUGGAAAUCUGGGAAGAACCCCAGCAGGUUUGGGCCGAUCUCCCUAUUUUCGGACCCAAGUGGGUAACACGCAGUGGCCGAUACCUCUAUCGACAAAUACUUUCCACGAGUGGUAAUGAGCACGGCUGUGAUGGAUUAUCUCUUGAAGCAUGGCAGAGGUGGAAACGUCGAUUUAAAGAGGUCAGUGAGGUAUUGAGCACAGGCAUCCGUCAGAUGGCCCUGCAGACCGCAAUCACCAUGGAAACUAUUGAACAGAGCAUGGAGAAGUGA